GUACAUUUGAGUUUAAGGUUAAUUUGUAUAUUUGUUAUAGUUGUAGUGGUUACUGAGUUGUCAUGGCUGAUACCAACGAGAACAAUGAAAGUGAUAAACCCGUGAUAGGAAAGGAGACUGUCAAGAAGGAAGGAAAAAAGGUAAAAAAGUAUGAUAAAUGGAACAUAAACAACAUUGAAACUUUUUUGGAACUGUAUGAGGGAUACCCUUGUUUAUGGGAUUAUAAAUUGGCGGAAUAUAAAGAUAGAAAUCUUAAAGAAGACGGCUGGUUACAGAUUGUAAAAGGAAUGAAUAUGCCAAACUUUACUGUUAAAGAUGCUAAAGAAAAGAUGCGAAGCCUGAGGAAUACAUAUUCAAACGAGCUAGUAAAAAUAACAAAAAGCAAGUCUUCAGGAAGUGGUUUAGAUGACGUAUACACACCGACACUGAGGUGGUUUCCAACAAUGGACCGCAUAUUAGGAGCAGUUGUGAAGACAAGAGAGAGCCAAGUAAUUGGAAUUCCAAAUGAAGAUGGUAAUAAGGUAGGCAUUAAGUUUUGUAAUGUAAGGUAACUUAAGCCUAAAUAACAACAUAAUGUAAAACGGUUUUUUCCAUUAACGUUUAUUUAAUCAAUGUUCAAAAUGAAACACAUUAUACAUACAGUUACAGUUACAUUAUACAUGUAUUGAUGGUACCAUUAAAUGCCAAUUUGGCUGAAUUAGCCCAAAUUGAUUGUCAAACACUUAAAUGUUCCUGAUUUUGGACGAACUGAAAUUGCCAUGGUACACUACCUUCUCCCAUGAACCAAUCUGCUAACUCAUCCCUCACCAUCUUCGCCCUUUUUGUAGGAUUACGUAAGUGUCCAAAAUUUCUAACUUUCAGUAAACCUUCUGCUCUCACGUUUUUGUGCCAGUCACCUUCAAUUAUUUCACCAGUUUCAAUAUCUUCAACGUCAACACAACCUCUGUAAAAAUAAACCCCUGGGCUUGUAAUACGUAGCCAAUUAUGCAAUGCAAUCGUUGCUUUAACAAUGCUGUCAACCUUUUCAGGUGAUAAGGGAAUAGGCUUUUCAAAUAUACGAAAUCUUGAUGCCAGUAAUCCAAAAGCAUUCUCUACAAUUCGACGAGCUCUAGACAGUCUGUAGUUGAACACUUUUUGCUUUAAAGUUAAGGGCCCUGCCCUUUUAGUGUAAGGUUUAAGUAAAUAUUCCCUUAAAGGAAAUGCAUCAUCUGCAACGAACAAAGCGUUUUCAGGCAGGUUUAAUGUGUUAUUAUCUAUAGCCUGUUGCAACUUACUAUUUGCCAACACUCCGCCAUCGGAUGCUCGGCCAUUGCUCCCUAUGUCAACGUACGUAAAACAAUAGGCAUCAUCGACCACACCAAGAAGUAUAGUACUGAAAUUUCCUUUAUAAUUGUAGUAAUCUGACCCGGAUUCAUUUGGACAACGUAUUUGAAUAUGUUUUCCAUCGAUGCUACCACAACAUCUAGGAAAGUUCCAUCGUGUUGAAAAACCGCUCAUUAUGUCUUCCCAUCCGGCUUCCGUCAUUGGCAUCUACAAAAAAUAAAUAUUGUCAUGUCGUAACACAUAUAAAAUAUCAGAACAUGUUUUACUUUUAACAGAAACAAUUUUCAUUAAGUUACACCUUUUUUCCCCACAGGACCAACGAAACGAAGAAUCCCAAGAUAUUGAUGCUGAGAGUGACGAACAUCAAACACCCCGUAUCAAGAGAAAGAUUACAACUGACCACCAAACUGUUAUUCCUCCCAAGAUUAGAACUGCAUUUAAAACAAAAACAGAUGAGAGAGUACAGAAAAUUGAAUCUUCCAUUAUAACACUAAAAGAGAUAUCAGAUAAGGCAUUUGAACCACGGAAUGUACAGA